GAAAGAAAAGAAAGAUAAUGUUUCCAAGAGACCUAAUUUCUGGAUUCUUCUUCCUGUCAGAAAUUUUCAUUGGGUUCCUGGGAAACUCGCUGCUCUUUAUAUUAUAUAUGUACACCUUCUUAAUUCAGCCUCGUCUGAAGAAGCCCAUAGAUAUGAUUUUCACACACCUGACACUUGUCAAUGUUUUGAGCAUCGUGUUCCGGCUGAUACCAGAUGUCAUGGCGUCCUUUGCAGUCAAGCUCCUUUUCUAUGAUGUUGGAUGUAAGGCAGUUCUGUAUGCAUACAGUGUCACCAGGGGCCUUUCCAUCUGUACUAUCUUGCUACUGAGUGCAAUUCAAGCCAUCACCAUCAGUUCUAACCAUUCCAAGUGGGCAUGGCUUAAAUCCAAGCUUGAGUCCUGCAUUUUCCCCUCACUCCUUCUCAUCUGGAUCAUCAACACCUUUCUCUAUAUUCCCAUGGUUGAAAACGUAGAGGGCCAGAUCAACUUCACUGUUGUGGGUUCUAGACAUUCCCAGACGUACUGCCGAAGUAACCAGGUUCGCCAUCACACCACCUUGUCACUUGCAACUGCAUUAAUGAUUAGAGACAUCCUGUUUGUGCUUCUCAUGAUGCUGACCAGCCUCUACAUGGUGACCCUCCUGUUCAGACACAAUAGGAGGACCCGGCAUGUCCACAGUUGCAGAGUCUCUGCCCAGGCCUCUUCUGAGAAGAAAGCCACACACAGCAUCCUUCUGCUGGUGGGUUUCUUCAUGUUUUUCUAUUUCUCAAACACCUUUGUCACCUUCUAUUCCCUUCACAGACCUAAGAACAGCCAAGUAUUGGAUCUGAUUAGUGGAGCUUUAUCUUCGGGCUACCCAGUCAUCUGCCCUUAUGUUCUGUUGAACAAUAGGAAAAUUAUUUCCACAUUCAUUUCUUCCUUUUCAAACUUUGAAUGUACCUUUUCUACAAAAGGAUGCCAUGGGUAACCUGAUAUACAAACUCCCUUCUGGCUUAGAGGAUUCUUUACCACAUCUGACCAAAAUAACCAUGGUGUUCCUAAUAUUCAGAUGGUUGGAACUGACAGAUAUUGGAUUUUUUUUAAUCAGCGAAGAGAUUUAUUUUUUGGCAUGGUAAUCUAUUAAUAAUGAAGGCUUUCUUUUCUGUAUUUGGAAUGCUGAUCUUAUACUAGAAUUUUCUAAGCUAGGAAUUCCGAAAGACGUUAUUAAGCCAUAGUAUAUAGUAAAACAAGAAGGAUUUUUUAAACUUUUAAAUUUUGAAGUCUUAUUAUUGGUAAAUGGAGAUUUGACAAAUAUAUAAAGUAUAACUAAGAUAAACUUUCAAAAACUUCAAAAUUAGUUGGGCAUUGGUGGUACAUGACUUUAAUCCCAGCACUGAGGAGGCAGA